CCCCCUCACCAUGUUAUUGAUCACCAUGUCGGUGUAGGAGGAAAACAAAACUCUUAACAACCACCCUGUUCCGAAACGGAGUCUUUAAAAUGGCAGGCGAGGAGGAGAGGGGGGUCGUUCGUGUCAAAGUCAAGAAAUGUGACGGGGUGCUUCCUGUGGAGUUUCGCUCUUUUGCUGUUGAUCCUCAGAUAACAUCACUGGAAGUCCUGCAGCACAUACUUAUCAGAGCCUUUGACUUGAAUGGGAAGCGGAACUUCGGGAUCAGUUACCUGUCUCGAGAUCGGAGUGGUGCUGAAAUGUAUCUGUCUCUGCUGUCUGACUGGGAUUUGGAUGUUGCUUUUGUCAGUGCAGCCAAACCAUAUCUACAGCUCAAGAUGGACAUAAAGCCUUCAGAAGACAGUCCUGUUAUGGAAGACUGGGACAUCAUAAGCCCCAAAGAUGUGAUUGGCUCUGAACAGCUUCUUGCAGAGAGGACUAAGUCUUUGGCAUCUGCAGCUCUUCCCUUCACCCAGUCUCUACUGUCCCAGGUGGGCCGCACCCUGUCCAGAGUCCAGCAAGCCUUCACCUGGUCUUAUGGAGAAGAGAUUAAGCCUUUCAAGCCCCCUCUGAGCGACGCUGAGUUUCACAGUUACCUCAAUGGACAGGGCCAGUUGACACGACCUGAGGAGCUUAGGCUGCGCAUCUACCAUGGUGGUGUGGAGCCUUCACUGCGCAAGGUUGUUUGGCGGUACCUCCUGAACGUCUACCCUGAUGGACUAAGUGGGCAGGAGAGAAUGGACUACAUGAAGAGGAAGACAAGGGAAUAUGACCAGCUGAAGAGAGAGUGGACAGCCAGGGUCAGCCACGAGGACCUUGAAUUUAUCCGUGGGAAUGUUCUUAAAGAUGUCCUGAGGACAGACCGGGCUCAUCCAUACUAUGCAGGGUCAGAAGACAGUCCACAUUUGACUGCCCUAACAGACCUGCUCACCACAUUUGCCAUCACACAUCCACAGAUAUCAUACUGUCAAGGUAUGAGUGAUAUUGCGUCCCCUAUACUUGCUGUAAUGGACAAUGAGGCGCAUGCCUUCAUUUGCUUUUGUGGCAUCAUGAAACGCUUGGAGGGGAACUUCCGGCCAGAUGGGCAGCUUAUGUCUAUCAAGUUCCAGCAUCUAAAGCUGCUUCUGCAGUACUCAGAUCCUGAAUUCUACUCUUACCUGGUGUCCAGAGGAGCUGACGACCUCUUCUUCUGUUACCGCUGGCUGCUUCUGGAGCUCAAGCGAGAGUUUGCUUUUGAUGAUGCUUUGAGGAUGCUUGAGGUAACUUGGAGCUCCCUGCCCCCAGAUCCUCCUGAAACUGAAGUAGAGCUUCUGGGACCACUAGUUGAAACCAGUGAAACAGUGUCCCUCAGAGACAAGGACAAGGUAGUUGAGAAUUGCCUCGGUGAUGAUAAGGAACAAAAAGAGAAGCAGCGUAGACGACAUAUGCUGAGACCGUCAAGAGAAGAGCCAGAUAUGAGCAGGAAUGCUGUCAUAAAAGAAAAGGGAAGCGAUGGUGAAUAUGAUGUUCCUCAAGUGACCAUUGAAAAGGCAGAUUUGGAGGCUCCUCCUUUUGAGAGGCAAACUAGUUUCGGGGAGUUUAAAUACUAUACUGCCCGGAAUGAAGAUAGCUUUCAUAUGGAGGAUGCUGAGCAUCCACAGGUUUUGGUAUCUUCAAAGCCAGUAACAAGCAUCCCAAGGCGCCAGUCCACAGUUGACAGUGAGGAGGAUCCAGGAGAGAGAACACCUCUCAUAAAAAACUGUGACAGUGGUUUCUCUCCAGGAUCAUCCCUUCCUCUCUUCCCUAGUGGCCUACCAAUCUGGAAAAAUAGCCCAUCUGGCUCUCCCACAUCUUCAGCUUCACCCUCCAGCUGGCCAGGUGCUUCUCCAGACUCUCCUCCAAAAUCCCCAUCCCCAACCAAUGGAAGUGAGGCCUCUCCAAGAACUGUCCCAAAAGUUUUGACCUCCUCUGCCCAAGUCCUCAGCAGUACAGGGAUUAACUCACCUACGACCCCCACUGUAAAAACAUCUGUUGCAUCUCCAACCCACAAUCAGAAUCGAUCCCUGCUCUCUUCACCCAUUUUGUCCUUUGGAAGAGGCCCCUCGCUGUCUGGCAGCAGGUCGUCCUCCAACAAUCUCCUUUCACCUGGAAGCAAAUCCCCCAGCACCACAGCUAACACACCCAGUUCUUCAAAAGCUGACACCACCAGCAUCAAACCGUGUUCCUUGCCGCCUCCUCAAGAGUUUGGCAAAGGCAAUCCCUUCAUGCUGUUCCUGUGCCUGUCCAUCCUGCUGGAGCAUCGAGACCACAUCAUCAAGAACAGCUUGGAUUACAAUGAGCUAGCCAUGCACUUUGAUCGCCUUGUGCGUCGCCACAACCUGAGCAGGGUGCUACAGCGAGCCAAGGCCUUAUUUGCAGACUACUUGCAGAGUGAAGUGUGGGACUCAGAAGAAGGGGAUGAGGUUAGCUCGGACUCCCCAACAACAACUACUGCUGCUCAACACUCUCCCUCUUCAACCAUCUCUGCCAGGCCUAUUUACAGCCCUUUGGCAUCGCCUCAGUCAUCCUCACAGAACUCAACCUAUAACCUCGCAACCACCAUUCCCUCCCCAACAGGUCAAGUUUCCCUUUCUCCCACCUCCUGAUUCCAUCAUGCAUCAUUGGCUUCCCAUCCUCAAAGAGCUCCUCAGUAGACUGUGGCCCAUUGGAGGUGUACAUCUUUUUUAGAUAGCCUUAUAUAUUAAAUUGGUUUGGUACCAA